GAGAGCUCUAAUGCCACUGUUGUUGCACCAAUCUUCCUCCUUCCUCUGCUCACUCUUCUCCACUCUUACAGUAUCUGUCUGACGAGAAUCACAUUUCCUCUUCCAAGACAGAAUACACUGAAAAACAUGGCGACCAACGGGACAAACAAGCAAGAUGUCGGCCUCAAUAAGGAAUGGACCGAACAAAUCAUCAAGGCCAUGGGGCCAAAGACCGAUGCUCGUCUGCGAGAAGUUCUUGGACCACUGAUUCGCCACAUUCACGACUUUGCUAGAGAAGUCGAUCUUACUGUCGAUGAAUGGAUGGCUGGCGUGCAGCUCGUCAACUGGGCGGGUCAAAUGAGUAAUGAGAGGAGAAAUGAAGGCCAGCUUCUUUGCGACGUGAUUGGACUUGAAUCACUGGUGGACGACAUCACGGUAAGGAAGGCAGCGGCCGCCGAUGACGCCGCCACUGCCUCUGCUAUUCUUGGGCCCUUUUUCAGACAUGACCACCCAGUCCGAGACUUUGGAGGCACAAUCACAUUCAAUACUCCUAAAGACGCCCAGGUGGCCUAUGUUCAUGGCGUUGUGACCGACGCGAAAACCGGAAAGCCAAUUCAGAAUGCAUCCGUCGAUGUGUGGCAAGCCAGCACAAAUGGCCUAUACGAACAGCAGGAUCCAGAUCAAGUGGAGCACAAUCUCCGAGGGAAAUUUUAUACCAACGCUAAUGGCGAAUAUGCCUUUUACUGCCUUCGACCUACCCCAUAUCCUGUACCUUUCGAUGGCCCUGCAGGCAAGCUCCUGCAGCUCAUGGAUCGCCACCCAUACAGACCGGCACAUAUCCACUACAUUGUACAACACGAGGGCCACAAGCCAAUCACAACCCAGAUCUUCGAUGCCGAAUCAAAGUAUCUGGAUGACGAUUCCGUCUUUGCUGUCAAAGAUUCGCUUGUUGUCAAGUUUGAGCCUCGCAAAGGUGAUGCCCAGGCAGAAUGGGAGCUUGAAUAUAACGUGGCCUUGGCCAAAGAUGACGAGAAGGGAGCUGGCAGCGUGCCACAGGUGUCCUCUGGAGCUGGCUCUUAGGCAAUCUGUAACAUAUCUUAAUGACCGCAAUCGCGAU